AAGAUUGAUAAAAUGAAAUAUACAUGUAAUAUUAUUGUCUCGAAGGAGCUUAGUUAUUUUGUGUGAAGCUAAGAGCGAGUUGAUGUGUAACCUGCUACGAAAGACGCACGAUAAUUGUGUAUUAUUUUUUGUUUUUUUUUUUUAUUUCCAUUACAUUGACAAAUAAUAUAAUAUUACUAAUACCUGAAAGAUGUUACACAAAUCGGCGGCUCUUCGCAAGAAGAGUCAGUUAGUAAAACAAAUAGUAUAUUAUUCUACAGCAAAGCCUAAGAAGAUCAUAGCAAUACGUCGAGAAGAUCAAUCAGUAUGGGAGAGAAGGGCGCCAUUUUCCCCGUCCAAUGUAAGCAAACUAGUUCGACAAGGUGUCACAGUAAUAGUGCAGCCUUCGAAUCGACGGGCCUACCCCAUGCAGUCAUACAUAAACGCUGGAGCAAUAGUUCAAGAGGACAUCAGCGAAGCAAGUGUAAUAUUUGGAGUAAAACAGACCCCGAUUGAUUUGCUUAUACCAAACAAAACAUAUUGUUUUUUUUCGCACACGAUUAAGGCUCAAGAGGCAAAUAUGCCUAUGCUGGACGCCAUUUUGGCAAAGAACAUUCGUCUAAUUGAUUAUGAGAAAUUGAUGGAUGAUGCGGGAAACCGGGUGGUCGCAUUUGGAAAGUAUGCAGGAGUUGCUGGAAUGAUCAAUAUAUUACACGGGCUGGGUUUACGACUGCUGGCUCUGGGGCAUCAUACACCAUUCAUGCACAUAGGUCCAGCACACAAUUAUCGUAACUCGAGCAUGGCGCGACAAGCCAUCAGAGACGCAGGGUAUGAAAUUGCGCUUGGCAUGAUGCCUAGAUCGCUCGGACCUCUCACAUUCAUAUUUACAGGAUCAGGAAAUGUUUCACAGGGAAGCCAAGAAAUAUUCCACGAGCUACCUCAUGAAUAUGUUCCUCCAGAGAUGUUAAGGAAAGUUGCUGAACAUGGAAGCCCAAAUAAAAUAUAUGGUUGCGAAGUACGUCGACGACACCAUCUGGUGAGAAGGAUUGGUGGAGGUUAUGAUCCUCAAGAAUAUGAAGAGCAUCCUGAACGAUAUAUUUCCACAUUUGCCCAAACCAUAGCGCCGUAUACGUCAGUACUAGUGAAUUGUAUUUACUGGGCGGUAGAUAGUCCGAAGCUGCUUACAAUACCUGAUGCAAAGCACCUCUUGCUCCCCUCGCAUACUCCGUGGUUGCCGAAGAGCAUUGGCGCCCCGGCUUUACCACAUAGAAUGUUGGGCAUCUGUGACAUAUCUGCGGACCCCGGCGGUUCCAUAGAGUUCAUGAACGAGUGCACCACUAUCGACACACCCUUCUGUCUUUAUGAUGCUGACAGGAACAAGGAUACUAAAAGUUUCAAAGGUCCUGGAGUAUUGGUGUGUUCCAUAGACAACAUGCCGACUCAACUACCGCGUGAAUCUACAGACUUUUUUGGCGAUCUAUUGUUCCCGUACACAGAAGAUAUCUUGCGUUCCGAUGCAACUAAACCUCUUGAAGAGCACAACUUUUCUCCUGUAGUUCAAGGGGCAAUCAUAACCAGCAAUGGAAAAUUAACACCACCUUUCGAGUAUAUUAACGAACUUCGUAUGGCUAAUACUCGUUGCCGACACACAGUCGAUGGUGGCGAGCCGCAGACCUCUGUAGUGAUCCUGGGUAGUGGAUUAGUCUCUGCACCAGUAGUGGAAUAUCUUUCUCGGGAUAAAAACAUAGCUGUUACUAUUGCAUCACAAAUAAAAGAAGAGGCCGAUGUUCUAGCUGAAAAAUACGGAGCACGCGCGGAAUAUCUUCAAGCUAAUGACGAGGAGGCUUUACACUCGCUCGCAGCUCGUUCACGGCUGCUGAUCUCGCUGCUGCCGUAUGACUUGCACGGAACUGUAGCGAAAGCUUGCAUUAACGCUGGUGCACAUAUGGUCACAGCCUCUUAUGUACGCCCCGAAGUACAAGAACUGCAUAAUACCGCUAAAGAAGCUGGAGUGACAUUACUAAACGAGGUAGGCCUGGAUCCUGGCAUAGAUCAUCUGUUAGCGUUAGAAUGUAUUCAUGAUAUUCAAAACCACGGCGGAAGGGUCGAUUCAUUUAUCUCGUAUUGCGGCGGUUUGCCAGCAGCAGAAUUUAGUGACAAUGCCCUGAGAUAUAAAUUUUCGUGGAACCCUCGUGGCGUUCUGCUCAAUACCAUAUCUGGAGCAAAAUAUCUCAGUAGAGGACAGAUCGUAGAAGUGUUAGGCGGCGGUGAGCUGAUGUCAGUCGCUCGCGAAUUAGAUUUCCUGCCUGGAUUUGCUUUUGAAGGUUUCCCCAACAGGGACAGUACCAUAUAUUCUUCACUCUACGGUAUCGAAGAUGCACAUACUAUGUUCCGAGGAACUAUUAGAUAUAAAGGAUUUGCUGAAACAAUCAAAGCAAUGCAACUGUUUGGUUUCAUAGAUCCAAAUCCACAUCCAUCUCUUCAUCCUGAAGGACCUAAUAUCACCUGGCGUCAAUUCGCGUGCGAGUUACUCGGAUUGAUGGAUCAGUCGAUAUUCUACGAGAAUCUACGGACGCGAUUAGCAGAGCGCAUUGGCAGUACAGGUGCACAAGCGUUGGAGUCACUGGGCCUACUCAGUGACGAUCUCAUUGUAAAAUGCGGGACCCCAUUGGACACAAUUAGCCUUUAUCUAAGCAAGAAACUGCAACUCGAAAAAGACGAAACAGAUUUUGUAGUACUCAGACAUGAAUUGGGUGUAACGUGGAGUGAUGGACGGAAGGAACUACGAGAAGUUACCAUGACAGUCAGGGGAGAUCCAGCAUCCCACACUGCUAUGGCACGUACCGUCGGAUUACCCACUGCAAUUGCCGCUAAAAUGGUUUUGGAUGGUGAAAUACAGGAACGUGGGGUGGUACUUCCAUUUUCACCAGGCGUGUACAAGUCGCUGCUGUCUAGGCUCAGGGCUGACGGCAUUACGGCGAAGGAGACCUCAAGACCUCUUAAUUAACCUCUUUAUCUCAUUACAAAAGUAAACUAUUAAGUUCUAAUCAAAAGACUGUGCUAUUAAUACUAUGUAUAAAUGAUACAUAAAAUUUGUUAUGUAUAUGUAUUGUCAUUACUUUUAUAUGUUUCAUUUAUUACAAAUUUUUUGCUAA